AUUCUCUCACCCAUCUCUCUCUCUCUCUCUCUCUCUCUCUCUCUCUCUCACUUCCCCACUGCUGCUUCAAUCGCUCUCUAUGUCUCCGUCGCCGGACUCGCCUUAAUCGGCCGUCAAAUCCUCCACAGAUAACUAAGGCAGUUAUUCAUGGCCCCGGUAAGGAAAACAAAGGGUGUGAAUAAGAGGUUUCCUUAUUUGAAUGAGGUUGCUUCUAACAAAUAUGGAGACAAUGCUAACAAAACUAAGCAGAAAAAGAAAAAGUUGUCUGACAUGUUGGGUCCUCGAUGGGCCGAAGAAGAGCUAGAGCACUUCUAUGAAGGAUAUCGCAAGUACGGGAGAGACUGGAAAAAGGUUGCUUCGGUAGUACGUCACCGAUCUGUGGAGAAUGUAGAGGCCCUUUACACUAUGAAUCGGGCCUACUUAUCUCUUCCUGAGGGCACUGCUUCUGUGAUGGGUCUAACAGCGAUGAUGUCUGACUAUUACUCUAUGCUGGAAAGAAGUGACAGUGAACAAGAAAGCACCGACAAUGCGGGAACCUCAAGAAAGGCUCGAAGGCUUGCAAGAGGUAAAUUACAAAAAGACGCCUCAAAAGGAUCGGAAGGACAUAUUCCAGAGAUUCGUCAGUCCCAUUCAAUUGCAUCAGAUGACUGCUUGUCACUGUUGAAAAAUAGGCGCACGGGAUUUAGGCCUCAUGCUGUUAAAAAAAGGACUCCUCGAGUUCCAGUUGCUUCUAAUGAUAAAGAUAACAGCAAAAAGUUUUCUUCACCGGCCAGACAAGGUAUAAAAACCAGUACAGAUGCUAGUGAUGUUAACAUGGCUCAGGAGAUAGCAUUUUCAUUGACUGAACCCUCAUACAGAGGUAGUCCCCCCCAAUUUUCCAGGACACCUAAAUUAAAAGCUAAAGGCAGUACUCCAUCACCAAUGCAGAAUGGCAAAAGGAUGUUUGCAGAAACAGAUAUGAAAAUUGCCAGGCCCCAUAGUGGCAUGAUGGAUGAGAUUGGUUGUGAGUUAAGCUUAGGCAGCAUGGAGAGAUACUAUUUAAAGAGGCAAAAAAGGGAAGAAAGUGAAAAAAAUCAUUUGGAAGACGUAAAAGAAAGUAGUAGUGGAACAGAGGAAGAACAAUAUAAGAUAGGUACUGUCAAGGGAAAACUAGGAACUAGGGUUGCGGGUGCAAAAAAUGUGAGUACCUUCCACAAGGAUAGAAAGAUUACGAAAACAGCAAAUGUUGAAAGAGAUGAAGACUCUUCCUUUGAUGCAUUACUCACUUUGGCAGAUCUAUCCUUGAGGAUGCCUGAAGCAACUGCUGAAAUAGAAGCAUCUGCACCUGUUGAGGAAGAAAACUUCAACAGUGCUAAGAAGUCUAAUCUUGAAGGGAAUCAUUCAGUUACUAUGGUUAAAGACACUGCUUUGAAGACAUCUCAGCUGGGAAAACUAAAAGAGGGAGUUCAACAAAACACUGGAGUACAAAAAAGAAAACAGAUGUCGCCAUUUAAACUGCAGAUAAAUGAGAAUGAAGCUCGGACUGAGUUUCCUUGGAGUGACAAUCAAAUGAUUGAGACUACAGAUGAGGUGAACUAUGUGAGUAAAGGAAAACGGACUUCUCAUUAUGGUACACACCAAAAGCACGGGAAAUUGGCGAAGCCUCUAGGGAUUUCAUCUUCUACUAAAGAUUGUGAAAGACAAGAGAACAAUUCAGGUUUAUCAAUUGUAGAAGUUCAAUAUGCAAACCAAGCCAACUUAUCCAUAAGAGACAGAAGUAAGCAGAAGGACAUACAGAAAGACACAAAGUCUCUGCAGAGUCUAUCAUAUGAUCAGCCCACUAAACUUGUUCCUUUAGUUCAUGAAACGGAAAUGGAUCUAAAGGGAAGACUUUCCAAUUGCUUAUCUCGGUAUCAAGUGCGGAGAUGGUGUGCUUUUGAAUGGUUUUAUAGUGCAAUUGAUUACCCAUGGUUCGCUAAAAGAGAGUUUGUUGAGUACUUGAAUCAUGUUGGACUGGGUCAUGUUCCAAGAUUAACUCGUGUUGAAUGGGGUGUUAUAAGGAGUUCCCUUGGGAGACCACGAAGAUUUUCUGACCAGUUUUUGAAGGAAGAAAAAGAGAAACUUCAUCAGUACCGGGAGACUGUUAGAAAGCAUUAUGCUGAACUUCAUGCUGGUGCAAGGGAAGGACUUCCAACUGACUUACCUCGGCCUUUAUCAGUUGGACAACAUGUUAUUGCUUUUCAUCCCAGGUCUAGAGAAACCCAUAACGGAACUGUACUGCGUGUUGACCAUAGUACGUACUGUGUUCAGUUUGGCCCGCGUGAGCUGGGAGUUGCAAAUAUAAUGGAUAUUGAUUGCAUGCCAUUAAAUCCAUUGGAAAAUGUACCUGCUUCAUUCAAAAAGCAAAAUCUUAUUGUCAACAAAUAUGCUGAGAACUAUAAGGAGCUCAAGAUUAAUGAACAACAGAUAGAAGGAAAGACUGAUGGGUAUAUGAAGGUUGUUUCUACUGGCAACCUGACUAGCCCUGCUGUCCCUUGUCAUAUUCUGCCGACAACUCCUCAAACCAAUAAAUCUUUGAAGCAUAUAGAGAUGCAAGCUAAGGAAGCUGAUGUACGAGCUCUGUUUGAGUUGACCCGUGCACUUGACAAAAAGGAUGCCGUGGUUUCUGAGUUGAGGCGCAUGAAUGAGGAGGUGUUUGAGAAGUGCCGAGAUGGAGGUGACUCUAUCAAGGAUUCCGAGUCCUUUAAAAAGGAAUAUGCUGCAGUACUAUUACAGUUGAGUGAAAUUAAUGAUCAGGUUUCUUCUGCUCUAUUUUGUUUGAGGCAGCGCAACACAUAUAGAGGGAGCUACCCACUUAUAUCGGCAAAUGCCCUGCCUGGCUUUAGCGGCUCCAGUGGCCAUUUAAGCUCUUUGUGCCAUGUCCAAGAACCAGCAAGUCAUGUGUAUGAAAUUGUUGAAAGUUCAAGAGCAAAAGCGAGGGAAAUGGUUCAUGUGGCUAUGCAGGCUGUUUCAUCCUUGAAGAGGGAGAAUAACCUCGAGAGGAUUCAAGAGGUUAUAGACUUUGUCAGUAAACAGCUCUCAGAAGAUGAUGCUGGCAGGCUACCAAUAGGAUCUUCUACCCCUUCAGCUCCAAUUCAGGUUUCUCAGGAUCAGUCAACUGCCUGCACAGAAAAAUCCGAUUCCAAGUCAUAUAGUUUAUCCAACCAAACCGAAGACCAGCUCCUUUCAGACCUUGUUGCAAAUUGUGUGGCAGCGUUGUUCAUGAUUCAGACAUGUACAGCCCGACAGUUUUCACCAGCUGAUGUUGCCUGGGUAUUAGAUCGUGCUGUGACUAGUUUGAAGCCAAUCUGCACACAAAACCUACCAGUUUAUGGAGAGAUACAAAAGUGUAUGGGAAUCGUUAGGAGUCAGAUACUGGCACUCAUUCCUAUAUAGCUUCGUCCUGCCUAAAUACGUGUCAAUAUCAGUAUAUAAAUAUGUAUCUUCGGCAUGUUGUAUGUAUAACUGUAAUCAACUCACGAAUCUAACAUCUUAUUAUUUGUAUUUAUGAUAAGUUAGAGUAAAUGUAGAAGAGCAGUUGACCUGGA